GCAAGCCUGUAAAUAUCAACAGCAGCGGUCACCAAGUUCCCCCUUUUGCAGCAGAGGAACGCUUAAGAUAUCUCAGAGCAUUCGCACCUUCUGACGCAGCAGACUGCAGCAGGCAGCAUGACGAGCUUCAGCGAGUCCUUCAGGUUUGCCCUCCUGUUCAGUGAGAAGCUGAAAUCUGUCCUGUCCCAUCUGUGGAGGGUCUACUCCGCACCCUCGGUGGUCGGACAGGACGUCCUGACUCUGGUCUCGUUGUGCUCCGGGAUCGCCAUAGCAACCGCCGGCCUGCUUUACUAUUGGCUGUCAGUGAGUUUAAGAUAUGACCCCCAGGCGUCCGUACCGAUCGCCUGCACGUACAGCGCGGUCAUCUUCCUGCUGCUGGUCCUCUGCCACCCUCUGCGCUGCGUUGCCACCAUGGCCAUGCUGUCGCUCUUCACCAAACAGGGCCGCAAGCUGGUCAUCUCCACCUCUUUUGUGAUCCUGAUCUUCAACGUGGUCCCCAACAUCACCAUCAACAUCGGAGCGGCGGUGCACAUCCUCAAGUGCACCUCUGAGGGCUUCGCUCAGAGCCUGCUCAACUCCUCUGGGAUUCUAAACAGCACAAAGCAUGACCUGGUCAAGGAAACCUUUAAAGCCAUAAAAAACAACGUAAAAUUGAAGGAUACGUUUUUCAAAUUAGAUAAUUUUAUGCAGAUUGAUAUGUCCGAAGUCAAAAGCAGAUUUACUAAUACGAGUGUGCAGAUAGAGAGUGAUUUUUUACACGCAAGGUACUUGGUUAAAGACUAUAAGCUGUUGUUUAACCGAGCGCUGGCUGCCUUGUUCAUAUUUUUAUUCAUUUUACAAUCAGCACGCUAUUUAAAAUUAUACCUGACAUCGCUCCACUUUGAAAAUGAAUAUCUGGAAAAACAGACCAUCCAACAUUCUCCUGAAUCAUCCGUUGGGGAAAAAUGUACAAGCAAAAAGAAAAGAAGAAGUGGAGAAUGGCACCACGGCCUCAUGUCGAUGGCCGUGGUGACUUUAUACUUCACUGCGAUGACCUUCGUCGUGGUUCUGGAUCACGUGGUGUUUCAUAUCGUGGACCUGAGUGUGCCCUGGAUCCUCGACCUCCCGAGCACUCCUGCCAGUAUACAGGUCAAUUUUACGACCUGGUCGUUCGUCCCUGCACAGUGCCUUUGGCACUCGUGGUGUAAGAAAAAUAUGUUAACGCAUUUCCAGCGCAACUACAGCUGGGCGUUCACCAUCAACCCGUCCCUCUGCCACGUGAGGCCCUCGGCCCCCGACGUGGGCGUUAGGGUCCUGCUGGCGUCACUCUGGCUGCUCAGCUACUUCUUCGUGCUGCUGGAGGUCCUGGCCAGACGCAUGCGCAGGAGAGUUGCGGCGUCGUUCUUCCAGAAGCAGGAGGAGAGGAGAGCAGCCUUCCUGCUGGAGAAAGUGCGAGAAAUGCGCAAGAAAAAAACACAGGAGAUUUUUUCUGUCAGUGCUGCAUCAUGUGUGUGAUUUCUGGUAACUGUUUACACGAUUUAUAGUAUAAUAGGGUCAUUUUCGAUUUUUGGUAUUAGUCAGCAUAAGAUAUUGAAAGUUAUAAGUGUUCUUCUUUUAUUUGUUGAGGGGGAAGCUGUAUCAUGCUUGUUCCCAAUACUGUCACUAGAUGGCCCCCGCGGGCUUCCAUUACCCCACUGCUGAAAAGUGGGCUAAAGAAAAAAUGCACUUAUUCAGGUUGGAAAGCUUAUAAGAGUGUGAAGUCUUGUGAAGUCUUGUAUAUUAGGCUAAUAGAUCGAAUUGAACAAAAACUC